AUGGUUAACAGAAACAAGAACAAAAGAAGAAAAGGACUGGCAAAGAAUGCGAAAGCAAAAGACAUUAACAACUGCUAUCGUAUUCCUAAGAACUUGCUCAUGGUCGUGAAUGAAUCAACACAGCAGAGAGAGAUCAAACCAUUAGAUGAGAUUCCUGCUGGUGAUAUUAUUUGCAAGCUUCAGCCAGAAGUAAAGGUGAUCAACAAUGCUUCCUCUUUACUUGUAAGAGAAGAUUUCUGUGAGGCUGACACAGACAUUUAUUGCAACAACUGCUGUAAAGGGCUACCAGGUUAUAUCUACAACUAUACACCAGAACUAGACAGAAAAACCAGCGAAUAUGAAGCAAAUAGCGACGAUUGCAGUAAAAGAAAGUUGCUUGUUUGCAAUAGCUGUAAUUUGUUAAGUUAUUGUUCCCAAACCUGUCUUGAAGAAGACUUUGAUGAUGUGCACUUUAUUGAAUGUAAAGUCUACCAAGAAGCGCUGAAGCACAAUGAUAGAAUACAGCUCCAAAAGAUUCUAAAAUCUUCAAUUAGAAUGAUUUUACGCAUCCUUAUUGUUUGCCAGAAAGACAAGAGAAUAGCACAAUGCUACAGGCAGUUGUUGAAUCAUUGGGCUAACUUUUCAAAGGCAGAUAAAAGGGAUUUAACCCAAAGAAUUUACGAAGAAAUGGUUGAAAAUAGCAAAAUAUUACACGAAUUGACAAAGGGUUUCAAAUACUUUUCAGGAUCUGGCUUUGAUUUUGAAAAAUUGUCAGGAACUGUAUCUAGAUACCUUUUCAGAUAA